AUGGGUAAGAAUCAGCACAGCAAGGACAUGCUCCACCUGCGGCCUACAGAGUGGGCGCAGGAUGGAAGGGGCUUCAAGGCAACAAGAUGGACUCCAUUUUCAAAACUACCUCUUAACUGCUGCUCUUUGUCCUUGCAGCCGUUCGACAAACCGGUCGCAACACGGGACGGGUCGGUCUUUGAGAUCACCUACAUCCUGAAGUACAUUAAGCGGUUUGGCAAGCAUCCAGUGCAUGGUGGCAAGCUAGAAGUGAAAGAGCUCAUACCACUGCACUUUCACAAGAAUGCACAGGGCAAUCUCCACUGCCCGGUUACCUUCAAGGUGUUGGGCAACAACACUCCGGUUUGUGCGAACGUCAAGUCCGGGCAUGUCUACUGCUUGGAAGCGGUGCUGGAGCUCAACAAGAAGAACAAGAACUGGAAGGAUCUGAUGACCGGGCAGCCCUUCGCGUGGACGGACAUCAUAAUGCUUCAAGAUCCCGACAAGAUCGAGGGACGCGAAGUGUCCAAGUUCUACUUCAUUGUGAUGGGACAGCAGGACGAAGUGGUCCGUGAGAUCACCAACCCUGAGAGCAAAGCAUCUUUGCAAACGGAUGACAAGAUCCGUCCAAAUGCCGCAGUCGCGCGCAUCUUCGAGGAGAAGGAACGCCUAGCCGAAAAGAAGGCGCAGGAGGAAGCCGCAAAGGAGGCAGCCGAUCCCGAAGCAGCAGCUGCUGCAAAAGCCGCAGCUGCCGAGGCUAAAGCUAAAGCACAGGAGUUGGAAGAGGCUCGGCAGAAAAGGAAGACGAACGAGCAUCCACCCCAACAUGUCUGGGGCAAUUUCAAGGGGUACUACGACAUCCGGAAUCCCGGUGGGGAAGAUCCUCGCCUUCCGUGGCUCUGCCGGACCAUUGAUUGGAGAGGCAAGCAGGUGCUAGAUCUGGGCUGCAACGCUGGUCAGAUAACGCGAGCUGUUGCAGCAGAAGGUGCGAAACUUGCCCUGGGUGUUGAUAUCGAUGCCUCACUGAUUGGGGAAGCGAGGCGUGCGACGUCGAAGACGCGGGCGGCCGGGAGGGUGCGAUUUCGCUGUCGAGAUCUUCUUCGUUUGAAGUUGCGGCGCAAGUAUGAUGUUGUAUUGCUGCUGAGCACUUCCAAGUGGGUGCACCUGCAGCAUGGAGAUGAGGGCCUGAAGCAACUCUUCCGGCGCUGCAAGCGAUGGCUCUGUCCAGGAGGUGUCCUGGUCCUCGAGCCACAGCCAUGGAAAGCCUACAAGAAGGUGGCUGAUGCGCACGCGGACGUCGAGAAGAUCUGGGGUGAGAUUCAGCUGAAACCAGGCAGCUUCGUCGACUUUUUGACGCAGGUCUUGGGAUUUGACCGGGCCUACCGGUGGGCCUUCGUCGACCACAUGCAGGAGUCCUUCCAAAGGAUGUUGUACUUCUUUUGGAAGCCGGGAAGAUGUGCAAGAGGCAGAGCGUGCAGGCGCGGGCGCAGGCUGAGUAGGUCGAGGCCGAGCAGGCGCCUGGCAGCAUGCGCGGGAAGCAGUGUGACCAGAUCUCAACGGCUGGUGACAAAAGGCUACACAUCCAAUGAAGCCGCAGCUUCCUUCACCUCCACUGCCGCACCUUUGAAGUCGAAGAAUGAGCUGCGCAAGCUCACAGAAGAAGAAGAGUUGCAGGACAUCUACGAUCAGGUUCGCAAGAAGAAGCAAAAGGGCUACGUCCGAAUGGUCACCUCCCACGGUUGUCUCAACUUGGAGUUGCACUGUGACAUUGCCCCGCGGACCUCGGACAACUUCUUACGCCUCUGCGAGAAGAGCUACUACGACAACACAAUUUUCCACCGACUGAUCCGGAAUUUCAUGCUGCAGGGAGGCGAUCCCACUGGCACCGGACGCGGUGGUGAGAGUGCAUUCGAAGGCGGCAAGGGCUUCAAAGACGAGUUCGACUCUCGACUGGUUCACCAGGGACCCGGAGUUCUCAGCAUGGCCAACAACGGCAAGAACACGAACAGGAGUCAAUUCUUCGUCUCGCUCAAGUCCUGCGAACACCUGAACAACAAGCAUUCGGUGUUUGGCCGAGUGGUGGGAGGUCUGAAGCUCUUGGAGGUCUUCAACAACUGGGAGACGGAUCCAAAAGACAAGCCGGUGAAAGAGAUCCAGCUCGUUCGGAUGGAGGUCUUCAAGAAUCCCUUCAAGGAAACAGUCGAGGCGAUGAACAAGCCAAAAGUUGAAAAGGUGGUUGAUCCUGUGGCCACCUGGUUUAGCAAUCGGAAAGAUCCAAUGCAAGGUCACAAGAACCGCCACUCCACAGAGGUGGGCAAGUACCUGGAGGAGGAGCUCCUACCGGGCGAAAAGCGGAAGAAGGAGAUGCCAUCGGAAGAGUUGGAAUACGCGAACAUUGCACAGAAGUCCAAGAAGGCCCGCACGGAUUUCGACUUCUCCUUGUGUUUUCAGCCCCUCUGUCCCUUCUUUCGCAAAGUGGGCACCAUGGGCUCAACGACUUCCGCCGAGUCAAGAGGGCAGUAUUCAAAGAUGAACAGGCAGACGACUUCGACUUCGAGUGUCGUUUGGCAGCCUCUGGACGCAAAGAAGAGCAUGGCGCAAUUGGAGGGCAGCAUGUCGCUCCACGCCUUGCUUUUGUGGGUUGGCAUGCCGGUCUGCCUGGCAGUGCAGAACUUGAUCCCACCACUGCGACCAACUUGCGUAAGUGGCUUCAGCAACUGGUCAUUCUUGCUGCUGCUGUUGGUGGAGGCUCAUCAUGUCUACCAAGAGAGGAAAGCUUGGACAGCUGUCCGCGAUCUGAUUACCCCGCCGGAGCUGUCGGUAAUGAGGCAGCUUGGAAUUCUACGGAUGCGACUGCGUCAUGUCAUCUUAGGUAUCUUGGAGGAUGUCGACCUGUACAUGGACUUUGCUUUUCCCUUCGUCGCACUCGCCUGCGACCGGGAUGACCCGAGCAAUCCAAUGACCGAGCAUUGGGCCGAAGCCUGGAGACAGGUGCCCAUCCUAGGCCACUUCUUAGCGAAGAUUGUGCUUCGGGUCAGGCUUUCAGCCUCUCAAGACAGGUACCAAGCCUGCGGCAAAUUUAGAGCUUGUGUUAGCAUCAUGUUUGCCAAAUUGUCUCUGCUGCUGGCAUUAAGAGCGGCUUCAGCGCAGGACGAGAGCGUCUUUGUGUACUUUGGUUCCGGAUGCUUUUGGCACGUCCAGCACGCAUUCAUUGAGGCGGAAGCCAACAUUUUGGGCCGCAACGCCUCAACCUACACGUCAUUAACAGGCUAUGCCGGCGGCAACAGCGUGAAUGCAGAUGGCAAAGCCUGCUACAAUGACUAUGCGCAGCUGGGCCACACAGAGGUUGUUGGCCUUUCUAUACCCUUGAGCACGCUGCCCGAUUUCGGAGCAGUCUUCUGGUCUCUCUUCGUGGGGAAAGACCGCGUGGAUGUGAUGGACAUAGGUGCUGAUUACCGUGCUGCCAUUGGUGUGCCUGGUGGCAUCAGCUCCUCGCUGCUCCAGACGGUGAACGCGAGCCAAGCGAGUCGCGCUCAGCGCGAUGGCUGGUGGUUCGAACUCAGGGCAGGCAAUGGCGACGAUCCUGACACCUUGGGCAAGGCUCUCGUGUGGGUCUAUGAUACCGCCCUGUAUCCAUUCUACCAGGCUGAAGUGUACCAUCAAUUUCACGACGACUUCCUCCCUGGUGGCAAUUACCCACAGGAAUACAACGAUCUCGUUCACGAUCUCCGCGAUGAUGGCCGCCUGACUUCGACCGGCUGCCCUCGAGAUCAGGCCUCAGCUGUGUCUGCCGCCCACCCGGUGGUGCUGUCCAUCGUCUUGCUGUUCGCCGUGUACAGACACACACAAUGA